CGCUUCGUCCUCCGUCCCCAUUAGAUUUUCGACCUCCUUGCCUAGAGCCUGGUUGAACGAAGCUACAUAAUUUUUGACCUUUAUUUUUAUCUUCGGCGGUAGCUCUCGGCACCUUUGUCUGCGAAUUACUUCGUCCUUGAUCCUUCCCCUCGGCCACAAGAGCUUGAACUUAAUUGCGCUCGUUGCCUUGUGCUCUUCUUCACAUUACAAGUCGGCUUCCGCGACCGCACAAUGUCAAAGUCAAAGAACAGCGGCCCCGGGGGCUAUCAUCAAGAAUAUAUCACUUCACUUCGCUAUCGCAAUGAUCUUCCCGUCCCUGAUAUGCCUCCUAAAUUCCUGGAGGUCCCGCAUGAGGGUCUAGAGCACUUCCUCAGUCCCGGGUUUGUAGCGAAUAUGGUGCGUCGCGAGGAGCUAAAUAUUGAUGUUGAUGCAGAAGGAGGAAUGCCUAUUGACCUGGUCGGAAUUCCGGGUUUACACUUGGGUGAUGAAAGUGCUAUCAUGGCUCCGGAGAACCCCCCUCUCCUUGACCCAGCUGAUCUGCCUCUACUUAUGACCCCUGACCAAUUGAGGAACCCAGCCCCAAGGAAUGCGAAUGUGAGCUUUCUUCGCAGAACUCAAUAUAUCGCCACAGCAGGAUCUGGACGGAGUGUGGAUUCGAGGAUUGCGCCGGGAGGAUCCAAGCACAAAGUGCAGAAACCGAAACCAUCGCGAGACGACCCGUCGCACAUCAAAAAGUAUAUUAUUAAAGGAUUUGACAUCGCAUAUCCAAAGAGUAAGCAUACAGGAGAGGAUACAGAAUCACAGAUUAGAGGCUUGCCUGCCACUAAGGCGGAGCUCGAUGCCUGGGCAAAUCUCGUGCAUCCAGAUAAUCCAAACUUAAAGCCAGUGGGACUCUUCCCUAUUAUUCCAGAUCUUGACGGCUUUCCGGACCCUGGUGGCUUCUUACAAUUUAAAUUCGAUAAAGCCCCGGUUCAAGCUUCCGCAGGGAAGCGUGAUGACCGUAUGGAUGUUGCAAUCCUGCUCCCAUCAGCCCCAGAAGAAAGAGUUUGUCAAGAACAUGCUUCAAAAACGGCCCUCCACAAAGCCAACCCGAGUCUUUACCCCGACCCUGGACCGAUUCCUUGGGAUUAUGAUCUUUUCCUGGCUGAAAAAGAGGGCUCAGCGAAGAAAAUAAAGAAUAGUCUGAGCCUCUCAAACCCCAACAGAGAUGAUGCUGAUAACUACACCCACGAGGGACCAGACGGAACCAAAUACCACCGAUACGACCGUCUUCGCACUUACGCGACUAGUACACAGGUCCUAAACACCGACCAAAAGUACAAAGAUAUCGGCCUUGUCCUCUUUGAUCCAGCACAGGCAACCCAAGACACUCGUCUUACUCAGAAAGCAGCAUACUACUACCCAAUCUUGGGCAAGACUCGCUUGAAGCCCGAACGUUCCCGCACGAUUGCCCAGGCUGGCUUGGCCCCUACUCGCGCAAAAGCAAAGGAAGAGCAAGUGCAUCAAAUCCAGGUUUCGGUUCGUGACCCGAACCCAGAUGAAACGUACAAGAGAGCCAGCCAUCGGGCGCAAGUAGAUUCGAAGUUUGCAAAGAAUAUGCCUUCUCCGCCAGCCUCCGCUGAGGAGGUGAUCAAAGACGAUAUUGAUGCAGAAGGUGAUGAGGUUCACUCGCCGUAAUCGGUCGUUAAAUUCUCUUUUUUGUCUGUGGAAUGACAGCAUUGAUCUCCUUCCAAGAGCUUUUCUUUCACUAACUUUUCUCCAUCGAAUUCCGCUGAAGCAUUUGAUCUGGGGAGGCAUUUUCAUGUGGCCUUUUUCGUACUUAUCUAGAUAAUUGGCGUUAUUUCCUUUCAUUUUUCAGCAGGAAGUCGUACCGAAAUGCGUGUACUAUUAGUGAAGUCGAUUCUCACUGGAUUUAGGGAUGGGUCUGAUUUAAAGGAGAAUCAAAUAUUUAUUCCGAUGUUUAUCUGCUAGUGAGCAGUCCUUUUCCUGCCCGUAUUUAAGCAGGCUAAAGUAGAAAGGGACGCUAGCUAUAUUGAAACCGUGAUGAAGCUAUAAGUUUCCACGAUUCCCCGAUUUUGCCAACCUUUCCUUGACUAGAUAUUCUCACUAAAGUUGCUAUUAUCCUGAGAAGAGCCGUCACGAGCCCUAUCAUUUGUGCCAGAAGAGACUUCCUGACUAGUCAUCUGCGUCGCCUCCGAACGGCCGGCGGGAUUCUGCCCAUGGAUGGUAUCGCCGAAAGUGAUCGGGCGACCAGCGGUAGCCUCAUUUAAGAGGGAUCCCAAGCGGGCCUCCCGUCUCUGUAGCCUCUCCGCCCUAUCUCUUUCGAGCCUGACGACCUCCACGACGCGCCUGACAACCCUAGAAAUGCACAAAACAAAUAUAGCCCCUAACACAACCGUCUUAGAGAUGUACUCUCUAUCCAUAAAACUGGGAUUAACAAAGCCUCGGCCCUGGUUCAUAUAAUGCUGAGCUCGUGAAUGGUGUUGUUGUCCUUCCUGGGCAGCUGAGGGUGGAGAAGAAGAUUGGUAGGUAUAAGUAAAGGAAAAAGCAAAGGGUAGAAUAGAAAACGAAAUGCUAGAAGGACCGGGGAA